AUGCAGGGUGACUUCGGCCAUCCUGUUCCACGGAAAUCUCAAAAGAAGGAAAAUCACAGCGCGGCAACUAGCACGUCCAACGGAAUGAUUAACCUAAACGGAGACUUCGACGAGGAGUGGUUGACCUAUGUCAAGCUCACGGAAUUUGUCCUUCAACGUCCUAAAUCUCAUCUGCUCGCUCGAUAUCUACCGACACUAUGGCGCAAUCAUCUGGCCAGAUCGGCGGAUACUUAUCGACGUCCGGCAAAAUUAUCGAAGAACAAAAGUGCAGACCUGAAGAACGUUUCACCAGAGAAAUGUACCAAAAUCAUUUUCGACAAACGAGCCGACGGAGACAAAGCUAGGAACGUCGCGCCAGUGCCUAUGAGGAAGAGUCUAUUUCCACACGUGCCACCUUAUGUACUUUUCCAGAGCCACGAUCGCGCACCCACCAAAAGAUUGCCCAAAGAUUUCGCCCAGCUUCUCAAAUGGAAGUUCACCACGUCUAUGCCUAGACUUCUCGUAAAAAUCUUGAUCAAUUCAGGAUAUCAGGUGAUGGACAAGGGAACCGAAUGGUCAGGUGUGUGGAAUUUAUCCACUAAAGACACGUCGAGGUACAAACGCCUCAAGUGCUAUCAAAAGAUAAACAGCAUGCCUGGAGCUAAUAAUAUAGGGAACAAGGAUCAUUUAUGGAUGCAUUUGAAUAGAAUGGCGAGAAAAUUCGGCUCGAAGGAGUACGGUUUCAUGCCUAGAACCUACGUUCUACCGGACGAGAUAAAGAAGUUCGAGAGCAUGUGGUACAAGCACGGUGUAGGCACCACCUGGAUAAUUAAACCACCGUCUGCAGGCCGUGGCCAGGGUAUCAAGAUUGUGAAUCAAUGGUGGGAGAUACCGAAAUGGCACUCGAUGAUCAUUCAACGUUACAUCACUCGACCGAGGCUUAUCAACGGUUUGAAGUUCGAUCUAAGAGUGUACGUGCUACUGACGAGUAUCAAUCCACUGAGGAUUUACAUCUACAAAGAGGGUUUAGUUCGUUUCGCCUCUGUCAGGUAUGUCCGCGGCGCGAACCUAAGCGACAAGUAUAUGCACCUGACGAACAGCAGUGUGAACAAGCAGAAUCCAGCUUACGUAACGAACGACGGAGUGAAUUCGUACAAAGGACACAAAUGGUCCUUCUCGAGUUUAUGGUCGUAUCUGAGGCAAGAGGAGGCGAACGUCGCUGAACUGUGGGCGAGGAUUAAGGACAUCGUGAUUAAAACGUUCGUGGCCGCGGAACUGAACAUGAACGCGACCAUUUCCGAGUGUCUCCUCUCGAGUUACACCUGUUACGAAUUGUACGGGUUCGACAUACUCCUCGACGAGUCUUUGAGACCUUGGUUGCUGGAAGUUAACGUACUCCCCUCGCUUCAGGCAGACUCGCCACUCGAUACGGCUAUUAAGGGUCCUCUUAUCAAGAACGUUCUAAACAUGUCCGGCUAUCAAAUCCCGAAAAUGGAGAAAAUUUCAGGGACCGUUGCGUACAGCAAGAAGUACGAUUCCAUCGGACACGAUUACAGAUUAUACAACACUGCUCUAAGCUUAGAAGAAAAGACGAAACAGAACAACAUCAACGCGAUCCAGAGUCGCGAAGGGUAUCUCGAUCGAAUCCUGGAGAACUUAACCAGAGACGAUCUCAGACAAUUAAUUCGCUACGAGGACGAACUGAGUCAAAUUGGAAACUUCGAGAAGCUCUUCCCAACGAAGCAUACCUUUCUCUACACGAAAUUCUUCCAGGUAGAAAGGUACUACGAUCGACUGUUGGACGCUUGGGAGAAUCGUUACUCCGAGCACAGAUUCGAAGGUAUUCGAAGAUUGCAGAGACACUGCGAAACGAUGCAACAUCUCGAUCAAAGCACAGACUGA